AUGAGCUUUGUAUAUGACGAAUUCGGCAGACCAUUCAUUAUCUUGCGAGAACAAGAUAAGAAGCAAAGACUAAAGGGUGUUGAUGCUAUAAAGUCCAAUAUUUAUGCAGCCAUUAAAGUUGUAAAUACACUCAAGACCUCUCUGGGACCCAGAGGUAUGGAUAAGAUGAUGGUGAGUCCCGAUGGUGAUGUUACAGUCACCAACGACGGUGCAACUAUUCUUGAUAAAAUGCAAGUGAACCACCAAGUUGCAAAACUCCUCGUAGAACUCUCACAAUCACAAGACGAUGAAAUUGGAGAUGGUACUACUGGUGUUGUUGUAUUGGCAGGAGCUUUGCUUGAAAAGUCUUUGGAAUUACUCGACCGAGGUAUUCACCCAACAAAGAUUUCUGAUGGUUAUGAAAAGGCAGCUGAUAUCGCUUGCGAGGAGCUGGAAAGAAUUAGUGAUAGACUUGAAUUUUCUAAAGAUAAUCUUGAACCAUUGUUAAAGACUGCUUCCACUACUUUGAACUCUAAGAUUAUUAACAAAUUCAGAGAAAAGUUUGCCAAGAUGUGUGUUGACGCUGUUAUGAGUGUUGCAGAUAUUGAUAGAAAGGACGUCAAUUUGGAUUUAAUCAAAGUUGAAGGAAAGACUGGUGGUAAACUUGAAGAUUCCCAACUUGUUGAUGGUAUUGUGGUCGAUAAGGAAAUGAGUCAUCCUCAAAUGGUGAAAGACAUUGAAAAUGCAAAGAUUGCUAUUUUGACUUGUCCAUUUGAACCUCCAAAGACAAAGAACAAGGGAACUCUCGAAAUUGACACUGUUGAAAAGUAUAAUACCUUGUAUGAGAUUGAACAAAACUAUUUCGUAGAACAAGUGAAGAAAUGUAAAGACUCUGGAGCAAACUUGAUUAUAUGUCAAUGGGGAUUUGAUGAUGAAGCAAACCACUUACUUUUACAAAAUCAACUUCCAGCAGUCCGUUGGGUUGGUGGUGUUGAGAUUGAAUUGAUUGCUAUUGCUACUGGUGGUAGAAUCAUUCCAAGAUUUGAAGAAUUGAGCUCUGAAAAACUCGGUUCAGCAGGCAGAGUGCGUGAAGUCACUUUUGGUACUACUUCCGAUAAGAUGAUUUUCAUUGAGAAUUGUGCCAAUACCAAGGCAGUUACAAUCUUUAUCAGAGGUGGUAACAGAAUGAUUAUUGAUGAAGCUAAGAGAUCUAUCCAUGAUGCUUUGUGCGUUGUUAGAAACUUGGUGAGGGAUAAUCGAAUUGUUUACGGAGGCGGUUCAGCAGAAUUGGCUUGCUCCUUAAGAUUACAAGAAGAAGCCGAUAAGGUUACAAAUGUUGAUCAAUAUGCUAUCAGAUCCUUUGCAGAUGCAUUGGAGUUUGUUCCUCUAGCUCUUGCCCAAAACAGUGGUUAUAACUCGAUUGAAUGUGUCUCCAACGUUAAGGUUGAGCAAUUGGAGAAGAAGAAUCCACGUCUAGGUGUUGACUGUAUGAAUAGAGGUACUAGAGACAUGAAGGAACAAGGCGUGUUUGAAACUUUGGCCGGAAAGCAACAACAAAUGAGACUUGCCACUCAAGUUGUAAAGAUGAUUUUGAAGAUUGAUGACGUGAUUAUCAACCAAAGCACCCAAUUCUAA